ACCGAUCAUAGACAAGUUUAUUUUUCUCUAUGGUCAAUGAUCGGUGACUGACAGGUGACAGUAGCUGUCAAAAAUUUUGAGUUUUUCUUUUUGUUCAAGAAUAUUUAUUUAAAAUCGUAACGUAGCCGUAGUUGCUAUUUAGUGCUAGAUUCUGCAUUAAUUCUUGAUUUUGCAGUACUAAUUGUAAGGUAUUAUCAUGAACCCUUGUUCAGUAGCUGCACCGCAGCAUGACAGUGAUGGCGAUGGAAGAUGGACAAGCAUACACAAUCGUUUCCUGUCUGAUGCAAAAGGAAAAGAUGCAGAUGUAAUUUUUAUUGGUGAUUCCAUUUUACAAGCCCUGGAACAUACAGAAGUCUGGAACCAGUGGUUUGCCCCUCUACACUGCCUGAACUUUAGCAUUCAUAAUGAUCAAACACAAAAUGUUUUAUGGAGGAUUCAAAAUGGUGUUCUUGAUUACGUGGAACCAAAAAUAAUAGUGCUGCAUGUUGGAACUAACAAUAUUGACCACACACCAGAAGAAGUGACUGAAGGUAUUCUGGAAAUCAUUAGAACUAUCAAAGAGAAACAACCAAAUGCAUAUAUUGUGCUACCCAGUUUACUUCCUCGAGGUCAGCAUCCAAACAAACUUAGAGAAAAAAAUGCAAAAAUCAAUCAACUUUUGAAAGAAAAAGUUUCCAAUAUAAAUAAAGUUGAAAUGGUCACCAUAGACAAGGGUUUUGUGCAAUUAGAUGGCACCAUCAGCCAUCAUGACAUGCAUGACUACCUCAUACCCACCAAUGCGGCAUGUCGGAAGGCCUUUGAGCCAAUUCAUGACAUUCUGCAACAGUUGCUAUCUGAAGGAGAGCCGGAGAAAGACUUGACACCUUCGGAAUAACAUUGUCUACUGAAGGGAAUAGCUUUACUUGCAGCAAGCUCAGUGUCAUGAACAAGAAGGUACUUAAAGUUGUAGCUAUUUAGCUUUUUUAUUCUAGGCUUAAAAUAUUAUUAUGAGUCUGUUAUUUAUUAUUUCUUAUUUAGUAAUAUUUACUUCAACAUUCCAAAUUUUACACUGUUUGGCUGUGUUUCCAAGAAACAUUUUAAAUUAGUUUUUUAGACAUAUGUACCAAUAGCAAUGAAAUGUGCUCAUAAAAUUCCAUUUAGAUUUAAGGAAACUUUUUAAAUAUGUAUUUGCCUUGGAAUUAAUAGUUCUAUAUGUGCUUUUGAUUAGAUAAGUACCAUUAUAGUAUACAUUUUCUAGGGGUUAGUUUUUGAGUUUAAGCUGAUAACAGUAUGAAAUAGCUGAAAUUUUUCAGCUUCAAUGAAAUGAACUACUUACUCACAUAAUCUAAUUUGAACCAAAGAUUAUUUAUUUUGUACUACUUACAUAUUUUCUGGUGUAUGGAAAUAUUAUAUUUACCAUUGCAUUGGUUUCAAACUGUCUGAAUAAAAGUUAUCUGUGGGAUGUCAUAAAACUAUAAUUUUCUACACACAUAUAUUUUAUCCACAAUGUAAAAAGCAUGGUGUUUUCCAUUACCUACAUUGUGAAAUAGAACUUUAAUCUUAUGUAUUUUAUCUCUUUGUGAAAGUGUUCAGGCAGGCCCUCUACUUGUCAGUUGUAUGAGUAUUGUAUGCUACUUACCUCAUACAAUUACUCCUUUGUACUAAUAAUUAACAGACAUAAUGCAGUAUUUUUUAUAUGAUUAUGAUUACAUAAUAAGUCAUUGCUGGGAGGCUUAUGUACUUAAUAGGCAUUGUAUCAUGGUAGUUACUCUAGUAUUGGUACUGAUGUACUCUGUUGCCAAACUUAUUGCUUGAAUCUCAGAACUUUUCUAUAAGUAGGUAUUCUAGUAUUUAUUUGCAUGAAAAGCUUAUAACAAUUAUGUACUAAGAAUAGUGCAAUUGAUUGGAUACAUUUUUAUAUUAUAAAAAAAUCCUACACUUAA